AUGACCGAUGAUAAUAAUAAUAACAACAAUAAUACGAAUAUAGCGUCUAGCUCGUCUCACAUAUCAAAUACUUCCAACAACUCACAAACACCACUUAAUGCUCAACCUGAACCUGUCACUGAAGCAGAAGGAACGACCUACUUUUUGCUUGAUGUUGCUGAAAAUGAGGACGAAACGAAAAGUGUGAGUAGUAACAGUAGCAGCAGCAGCAGUAGUAGUAGUAGUAGCAGUAGCAGUAGCGUAUCAGCACAGGUUGUCAUUGACCAUGGUAGUUCAAUACCACGUCGAUUAGAGAAAAACAGUGCAGCUCAUCUAGUACGGUCAGGAGACGAGGAAUCAGAGAGCGAUUAUGCAUUCUGUUAUUCUCCCACCAGACGAGAUUCUGACACAGAAUCAGCUUUAGUCAGUAAGCAGAGGUCAGAACAAACAGCAAGAGGAACCUCCAACCUACACAUGAUGGAAAUUGCGAUGGAUAGAGAGGAUGAUCAGGAUGAUGCCGAUGACGAAGGUGUGUAUGAGCCUGGUCGUGAUCAUCGGCAAAGGCAUCGCCGUAAAGAUUAUAAUAUGAAAAAAGGUGACCUUGCUAAUGAUAAACGAAUGGUGACUGUGUAUACCGAAGAGGAUGAUGAUUUAGUAGAUGAAAUGCCGAGGGGAGACCGCGAAAGGAUGAUAAGACAUAAUAGAAGACAUCGUUAUAGAAAGAGAUCAGUGCCUCGUAAAAGACUACACAAGCGAACACAGCGAGUAUUGCAAACAAACUUACAGUCCCAUUCAUGGAGUAGAAGAGAGAGCUUACAAUCAAUCAGGCAUCCAGGUCUGUCAAGCGAAGAAGCGCUGAGCAAGCUUCUUUUUAUCUCUCGUCAAAUAUUAGAAGAAGAGAGAGCCCGGAUUGCUAAAAUAUCAGAAGACGCCAAAUUUAUCCUGAGCCGACCUGAAGUCUUUAUGUGUUUUAUUACAGGAUUUGCACUAUUAGCAUUUUAUAUUGCAGGGUACUUUAAGAGUGAACCAUACCAGUACCGCAUCACUGGUCUUUUAGUAGAGGCUCUGCUGAUUAUAUCGAUGGGCUUGUGGAAUAUCUUUUUGUACUGUCGAGAGCGUACAUUGACUGACAGGGAAAUGAUUGAUCGUGCAGCGACUAUCAUAAAUGCACUUGAAAGAAAUGGAAUGAAUAUGGUUCAAGACACCAAAAUCCCAUUCAUUCCCUCCAUGUCUGUGGCCAAAGUAGUUCGUGAUGGGGUUGUACGUAUUUUCCCUGUUAAUUUACUAGUUGAAGGAGAUGUCGUAGAGAUGCUCUAUGGUGAUGUUGCACCCGGGCGUAUGAAAUACAUUCAUAAACCAAACCCUAUCAAUAAAUCUCAAGACGACAACAAAAACGGCAGCAGUAGUAGCAGUAGCAGUAGUGACGAUGCUAGAAAUGACGCUUCACUAGAGGACAAAGAGUACUAUUUGGCAAAAGAUCAAACGUUCAAACCGUCCUUCUUUGGUAUACCUCCACCUUCAGGUCUGAUGGAGGAAUACAUGAGGUCAAGAGGUCGGCAUCAGUUUGUUUUACUUGAAACACCGCUUGAAAAGAACAUACGAAAAGCAUUAAACCAAAAGAGACCACUUCCUGUCUUAUACCAAGAAGCGGAUUAUAUUAUGCGUAUAUUCUAUAGAUACAUCCUCUGGGUUGUCCUGGUCAUUGCACUGCUUAUCAACUUGUUAAGGUAUGGGCUUAAAAGUAUUCUCGCCAAUCGUUAUCCUUCAGACCAGCUGGUUGAAGAAGCAUUCACAAUGUCGUUCUAUACCAUCAUUCCACUUCUCCCCCUUUGUUUGCCCAGUAUGUGGGUGAUUGCUCGAAGUUUCGGUAAUGCACAACUGUUGAUCCUGUUUGAAGCACUUCAAAUCUCCAAAACGGAAUACGAGGAUGAUGAUGAAGUAGACGAAUUUGAUGCCGAAGCACCGCCACCAACAAAAGAUUUGGAGUUGAGUCCAAAUGCUGUUUGGGAUAGGUUUCUAUCGCUAUUGACCAAAUGGGAUAGACUGUCUUUAACAAGGUCCACGAAUUUGCUAGAGUCAUUGGGAAAUACAACUGUCAUCUGCUGUCUGGAUAAGGAAGGCACAAUUGCAAAUCCGUUUCCUACUGUAGAACAACUCAUGUUUCCAAAUAAUCAAGAGGAUAUCACUUAUUUGGAUGUCGAAGAAGACUCGGAUGCGCCAACAGGACUCAAGUUUGAGGAUCAAGAUUGGGACCAUUACUUACCGUGCUUAAAACCACUUGGUUUAAAUUUUAUGCUCAAUACUAACUGUGGAGUGCUUCAAAGCCGUAAGCGAUCUGAAUACCACCGUCGACGUUCAAAGUUACACGUCUAUGGCAAGACAUGUCCUGCUCGGCAGUGUAAAUGUAUUGGAUUCAGAGAAGAAGCGCUUCAGUCUUUUGCUUUAAGGGCAGAGAUAUACACAUUUGCACCUUACCAUGAGAUAUUGAAUACGCCACGAUAUAAGUUUAGUAAAUAUUAUCAAUUUGAAGUACCCAACGCCUUAUCUACAGUUUUUGAAGAAAAGACUUCAGGUAGCUAUCAACUCUUAACGGAUGGUCAUCCUUCACUUGUGAUGGAUAAAUGUUCUGACUACUGGGACGGUACAUCUUUGCAGACAAUGAGUGAAACGAUGGAAAAGAAAAUCAAUGACUUCUUUCAGAAUGCCAUGGUCCACGACAUGCAAUGUAUUGCCUACGCCUAUCGUCCUAUCAAUACAGUAAACGACGAUAGGAUCCCAUUUUUAAAUCCAACAGACGACAAAGAUGAGGACCCUGGUUGUGCUUUUGUUGUGUUGCCAUACAAGCCUCCAAGCUCGGACAGUUCAGAUAGCUCAGACAGUGAUACAAGCAGUAGCAGUAGCAGUCGCUCAUCAAAGAAGAAGGCAUUGAAGAGAGCAAAACCGGUAGAUAAGCAAGAAGAGCAGCAGCUAAAAGAUUUAGCAUUUGGCAACAGUGGUUCUGAGACGGAUACGACAGAUUAUUCAUUUGAAGAGGAUGAGCCCGUAGAUGAACAAGAGGAGGCUGCAUUUUACAAGGAAGCUGUCAAAGGACAAAUUUUCUUGGGAAUGGCAGCCAUGUGUCAUCAACCCAAACAGAACGUUGUGGAUUUCAUUGAGGACCUUGGCCUUGCAGGAAUACGCUUUGUCUAUUUCUCCACAACUGCAGAAAGAGAAUCCAAAGCUUUUGCAGAGAGGUUAGGUCUCGAAACAGAUUGGAAUAGCUGCAUACUUUUGUCCAAUCCUAAUGAUGAGGACAAUUUUGGCAAUGGCUACCUUCAAACACACGAUAUCAAAGCCCAGCUUCCACGAGGCAUAGAUCAGAUACGGCCUCAUCUAGAAGCAGUGGAUGAUAUCCCGCUUCAUGUAUCUUUGUUUGCUGAGUGCACGCCACUAGCCAUGAAAGAAAUGAUUAGAAUAUUCCAAGAGAACGGGGAAGUUGUGUGUUCUAUAGGUAAUGCACUUAAUACUAAAAGCACAGAAUCAUUUGCCCUGUCGGAUAUCAGUAUUGGAAUGGAGCCUAUGCAUACUCGCGCACAGAGUAAAGGUCGGCUGACAACAAAUGAUCGGCAGCCACCACUGGCCGUGGGUGCAUCCCUGUGCAGUCUACCCUGUGGGUUAUUUAUGCAAUACGAAACAAGUCUGUAUGCCGUAACCCAGCUCAUCCGCGAUGCUCGAAGAUUACUUGGCUGUGUACGAAUGGGGUUUGCUUUUUAUGCUGCUGGAUGCAUGUCCAUUGUCUUGAUGUUAUUGCUAAGUUUUUGCUUUCUAUUUCCACCCAUCCUUACUGGUUAUCAGAUCUUAUGGACCAUGUGGAUCAUCCUUCCUAUCUUGUCCAUGUCGAUGCUCUUUACACCCCAUGAUGACAGUAUUAUGCUCCUUAUGCCAGGUAAAAAUAUUGAACACCUUCAAGACUUUUGGAGGUUUAUGUACUACUUUGUCCUCCGUUUUAUUUUGGUUAUUGCCAUGUGCAUAGUUAUCUAUGCUCUAACACUUGUCUACUCACUUGGCAUUAGCGUAUCCGAAGUCUUUGGAAAAUUCGGGGUCAAUGGCUGGUAUCACUGGACGCCUGAAGAACAAUGGGCGGUUAUCUAUGCUCAAAACUUUCUUCUCAUUUCUUUUGUUUGGUAUCUUGCUUUCAUAUCUUACUCAUUUCUUCAUCGCACAGCUUCUAUCAUUGAGUUUAUACCUUUUCGAAAUACAGUCUGGAUUGGGGCCUUCUUUGCUAGCAUUGCACUACAAUUCUGUUUCUGCGCAGUCUCGCUUGCGCACGGACCAUUCAAACUAUCCAGUUUCCCUUGGUUUAUUUACUUUUUAGGCUUUGCUUGGCCUAUUGUAUUGAUACCUGUUCAAGAAGUUGUAAAGAUGCAUGACAGUAAGGAGUUUACUCGAUUUCAGAAACGAUCCAAGCUUGAAUUUAGUACAAAGCUUGGUAUGCAUUCACCUCUUUAA